AAUGUUUGAGAAAAAGGACAAGUCUUGUAUUUUUUCAGGAGAACUAGUUGGAGUAAAUGUGGGUCUUGCUUGUUUUGAUGGCAUUAUUGCUAUUCUUGCUUUUACUCAGUGCGGAUUCACUCAAGGAAUUCACAGCUAGGAUGGACUCGCCAAAAAGUAAGUUUUAUGUCGCUUUCUGCAGCUUUUGAGUUGAAUUAAAAGAUUUCUAUUUGAAUGCAAACUACUUCAUAGGCUAGCUAGUUUAACGUAGUGUCAUCAGACCAGCUGGUUGAGUGGGGACUUGCACCUUGACCUGAUCUGUGUGAGUCAUCUGACCCCUUAAGGCAGAACCUGGGUGAAAUUGUCUGAACAGGAAGGAAUUUUGGUGACUCCUGUGACACUGCUUGAACUUGGAGAAACGGUUAGGUCGAAAUUAAGGUGCAGCUACAGCAUGCAUCAAUUCGAAAAGUUUUGGGCCCAGGAGGCCUUGGAGGAGAAACCUAUUUGACCAACAUUCCCAAGACUUCAACUUUUUAAGAAGUGUUUUGCUAGCUUUUGUAAUUUCUACACUUGUUGCAAGUAUCAGAAGAAUUUUUUGUUUAUGCCUCAAACACUGACAGAAAACUCAAUGUUCGACUCCUGUACUUUUUUUUAAUAUUGUAACUUUGUACCCAUGGGAACUGCUAUUAAUUAUUUACUAAAAGAACUUGCUAUAAGUUCGUUUAGUGACCAGUAUUGGGAACUAAGAACAGUAACAAUGCAGUUAAAUCAUUAAUCUAUUAUCUGACCUUUGUACUGGGAUGAUUAGAAAACAUGGUGUACCAUUCUGGAAUUAGUAGAAUGGAGGAAACAGAUAAUCAAACUAAUCUAUGGGCCAGUGAAGGGAGAAGAUGGGAGAAGAUAGACUUGGGGUUGAAGUCAAGUCAAUGUUUAGUAAUGUCCAUGCAUCGGUGCGCAUAUAUGUAAACUUAAAGAUGUAUGCAUAUGAUUUAUGUUAAUGUUUUUUUUUCUUUUCUCCUUUUCUCCCUCUGUUUUUAUUCUAAUUCAUGGUACAUCUAACUAUGAUGUUGGUUGGCUGAAAAAAAAAGAGUCAUUAUGUUGAUUUCUAUUUCCAAAUGAAUUGACUUGUUCUUGACCCAAAUGAAUGUGAAUAACAGGUGUUCCAUUUACUGAUUGGGUCUACUAAUACUGGUUACUUCAUUUAUUUUGUCUUGACUCUCAUUGCUGUAUGGAGAAGGUGGCUAUGCUGGUCAUACUCUUGUGGUUUUGUAGCUAUGGCCUUCCCCGGAAUUCUAUUCUUUGCAACAUUUCUUCUACUUUUGUCAUUCUGUUAUACCCCAUGUCUGUCUGGCGGAUUUUUUAUAGGGUAGACCUUUGCCACCAGGCAGAUGAUGAAGAAGAAGAGGAUGAUGAACAGGGCUUUCUGGAAGCUUUACUACAAAAUUCUUUAAAUAGACCGAGGUCAUCAAUUGCAGAUAAUCGCGGAAUAUGUUAUCCUUUACGUUUAAUUCACGUUGGGAACCGUCAAAAAAUAGUGAUUCUGGUUACUGUUCUUGUAUUUCUUUUUAUGAUGACAUUUGCUGUGCUAAUCUGGAUUGGAAUGGAAGAUAAUCCUAUUGAUUCAUCAACUGUCGCUCGGGUUUAUGUAGAUCUUUUUGCUGCAGCAAUACUAUUUUUAGGUGGAGCGUUAGCAUGUUAUGGGCUCCUAUUAUGUCGGAAAAUGAGGAAUGUUAGAUCUGAAAGAGCUUCAUCUGAGAUCUGGAAGGUUGCAGGUUUGGCCAUCGUAUCUGUUAUAUGUUUCACAUCAAGUGCUUUUGUGGCUCUUUUCACUGAUAUUCCGGUGCUUUAUAACUGGCAUGAACUGCAAAUAGAUGGUGUUUGUACUUCUCUUUUACUGAUUUUAUAUUAUUUUAUAGGUUCAUCAGUGCCCUCAGCUUUUGUAUUAUGGGUCAUGAGAGAAUUACCACCCAUGUCAACAGCUAACAUACAAGGAGAAUCAACGACUGUAACUUUCAUUACUGAUAGUUCAGCUGAAAUCCACCAUCCUCGGAGCUGGACAACUGCAGCAAGCUCAUAGAAUCAGGUAUCAACAGUUAGCCCUUCAUAAUUUCUCUUUCAUACAGAAAUACAUGUGCUUAUCUUCCAAACUGGGCAAUGUGAGAUGGAAAUUGGAACAAUCGGAUCAAAUAAGAGUUUGGAUUCCACAAAUGAGCAGUGAUCAAAAGUUUACAAUUGCUGACUUCAGGGCAGUCGGAAUACAGCCGUAAGGUUGCCAUUGCCAUGUUUUUGACAUUUGGAGCAUGUAUAUGGCAUCGGAAUGCUAGAUGAUUUACUUUAGUACCACACUCGUAGGUAUUGAAUAGUUUCCUUAAUAAAUUAAAGCCAGCCAUUAUUAUUGAUCAAGGUUGGUCACAUGUGCCUUAAAUUUAUAGAUGAUAAAUCUACCAGUUUCUUUCUCUUUAUUCUUCCCCAUUCAUUUUUGCUUUAUUUUGCAUGAUGUCAUGCCUUAUGGGGCUAUGGCAUAUCAUUGGAGAAAUAUGUUAUCCCAAAGAUAUAUACAUGGAAUUUCAUAUCAUUUCGCAAACUUAGGCAACGGCAGCAGACUUUCUGCCAUGCAUAAAUGGUCAUGGAA